AUGCCUGCAACCAAACGGCGCGCAGAUGAUGAGAACGACCCCACCAUCUCGCCCCCGCUUGUCAAACGAAAGGCCCAGGCCCAGAGCAACAGUGCCGUCGCCAACUUCUUCACACCUACCUCCCAGAAGCCCAACAUCGAAGCCCGAGUCUGUUGGCAUGAGCUACAUACGGACGGCAAGCCACCGUCCUUGCUCUGCGGUCAGUACAAGACGUCCAACAAGUACGGUGCCGAAGAUCCUUCCGCAAAGAGACGCAAGAUCGCAGCCUUCGACCUCGACGGCACCAUCAUCACCACUGCCUCCGGCAAGACCUUUGGCGACAAUGCCGCCGACUGGAAAUGGUGGGAUCACUCCGUCCCUGCCAAGCUACGAUCCCUCUACGAGGGUGGUUACAGGAUCGUAAUUUUCUCUAACCAGGGCGGCAUCACCCUCGGGCCACCCGUCCGCGACCCCAAGGCCAAGGGCCCAAAGGGCCCCAAGAACCCCAAACGACUACCCGUGUGGAAGCAGAAGGUCACCGCUGUCCUCACAGAGCUCGACAUCCCGAUAUCAAUCUACGCAGCUACCAUGAAAGACGUUUACCGAAAGCCAGGACUGGGCAUGUGGCACACCAUGUGCAAGGACUACAACGUGGCCCACGACGACAUUGACAAGGAGGCGAGUAUCUUCGUUGGAGAUGCCGGUGGUCGAACAGCAAAACCUGCCUCUGGCGGGAAGAAGGCCAUUGCCAAGGACUUCAGCUGCUCCGAUCGUAAUUUCGCCUACAACAUCGGCAUCCAGUACGCCACUCCGGAGGAGUUCUUUCUAAGCGAAGAGCCCAGGGACUUCCGCAGAGACUUCGAACCGUUAUCAUAUGCAUUCUCUGAGACCUCGGAUGUUAUCUUUGAGAAGAAGAAGGACCUCGAGAUCAUUAUAUUCAGCGGGCCUCCGGGGGCCGGCAAGUCCACCUUUUAUUGGACCUACUUGAAAUCCUUGGGCUAUCAGAGGGUAAACCAGGACAUCCUCAAGAGCAGGGACAACUGCGUAAAGGCUGCUAAGGAGCAUCUUACGCGCGGGGAGUCCGUCGUGAUUGACAACACCAACCCAGACCCAGAGACGCGCAAUAUAUGGGUCAACCUGGCAGAGACUGUUCAAAAAUUAUCAAAGAAACGACCAUCGGUCCGAUGUAUCUGGUUCCGGACACCAUUGCUCGUCGCUGAGCACAACAACGUCGUCCGAUCCAUGAACGAGGGGCUCAAUCCUGAAUCGAGGGAGUUGGUCCCGAAGCUGGCUUUCAAUAGUUUCUUCAGCAGAUUCAGGGAGCCUGAUGCCGACAAGGAGGCUUUGGAUGAAGUCGUGCCGGUCGAAUUUAAAUUCCGUGGUACGAAAGAUGACUAUACUCGAUGGAGUCGAUACUGGGUUUGA